UUAAACCAAUACACAUCUGAUCUAGCUAAAAACUAAACCAACUUAUAAAGCAAGCGUUAGCAACUUCAUGAUCAGCUUAUCCCUCCAAGAUAUGGAUUCUUCCUUCCUUGAAAGCCUGAAUUCAGAGUUCCUGCUAGAAUCUCAGCAAGAUUUGUUAGAAUCUUUCUCACCGAAUAAUGAGCUUUUCCUCGACCAAGAUUUCCUUUCAUUUGACAUUAUAGACUCCAAAGAGUUGCCUUCCCAAGAUGCUACUCUUUGUCAUCAUGGGUCAAGAGAAUCAUCAAACUCUUCCUGUGGAUUAAUUGUUGACGAAGAACAUGUAGUUUCCAGUGCCAAGAAACGAGAAGAGCAACAACCCAAGGAGGAAAAAUCAUACAGAGGGGUAAGGAAGCGACCUUGGGGAAAAUACGCGGCGGAGAUUAGGGAUUCAACAAGGCAUGGCAUUCGGGUUUGGCUUGGAACAUUUGACAGCGCAGAGGCGGCUGCUUUAGCUUAUGAUCAAGCAGCCUUAUCGACACAAGGGCCCAAGGCUGUACUCAACUUUCCUGUUGAAAGAGUCCGGGAAUCGCUUCGGAACAUGAAUUACUACUGCAAGGAUGGCGCCUCACCGGCAGUAGAACUAAAGCAGAGGAAUUAUGUACAAAGAACAUCAAUGGCCAGGAAAAAUAAAAAGAAGCAGUCACAAGCGAAGAAUGUGGUCGUCUUAGAAGAUUUAGGAUCUGAAUAUUUGGAAGAACUUUUGAGCUCAUCUCAAAGUACUAGCUCUUGUUAAAAGAAAAAUUAGCUUGUUGAAUCUGUCAUUUGCAACAAUGUCUGGUAUCAUAUGCCUGCCUUGCUUGCCACCAUGAUUUGUUUUUUCUUUUCUUCUUAUUUAUGCAAUAAUUACCAAGAUAG